AUGACAACACUAGCAGGCUCUGAAAUCGACGAGAAGUACUCCGGCUUCUCCAUCAUCCAGGCUGACUACAAAAAGAUUGGCGAACAUGGCAUCCGGGCAGACGUCUUGAUCCCGAAUUCUGUCCCGGGAGGCAAACGCCCGGUUAUCCUUCGAUUUCAUGGUGGUGGACUUGUACUUGGUGAUUCACUCUUCCCACUCUGGUUCCCUGAGUGGGCACUCGACUUGGCACAGCAGAAAUCGGCUAUCAUAGUCUCAGCCAAUUACCGAUUUUUGCCAGAGGCGACAGGCGUGGAUAUCCUCACUGACAUCGACGAUUUCUGGACAUGGGUGCACUCAUCUGAGCUAGCCCAUCUUCUCUCUUCUCAUCCGAGUAGCAAUGGUAGUCCAAUUGAACUCGACCUAGACCGUUGCUUGGCUGCUGGCGAUUCUGCUGGGGGAUUGCUAAGCGUAUAUCUGGGGUUGUCGCAUGCAGAAGAUGGAAUACGUGCGAUCACAGGAUCUUCUCCCAUGCUGAAUAUCGACCCCCCAACUGUCUACCCUUCUGUCCAGUCAACAUUGCUGCCGACACCACCCGAAUCAUUUAUAGACGAAUUUGUAGGGCGGAUACAACCAGGGACAGUUGUAACAUCCGAGAACCCGUCGUUUGCGAACCCAUCUGAGCGGCUGUUGUUUUUCGGGGCUGCCUUUGGACACCACCGACUUCCUGAGUUCUACACACGUGAUUAUGAGAGUUCAACGACUCAUCACGAUCGCAUCUUCCAGCUUCAGCGGCUCGAUCAGCCUGAUAUUAAGUUACCCAAGGGCGGUAUCGUGAUUGUGCACGGAGAGCAGGACGAUAUUGUCGCGGUCGAGUCUAGCCAUAGGUUCAUCAACAAAGUAAGGGAGCGGUUCCAUGGACAACCUGGAGAGGACAAGGUGGUUUUACAUGUACGACCGGGUGGACAUUGUUUUGAUAAUCAUGUCCACCUAGCAGAGCCAUGGUUGCAGGAUACUCUGAAAGAUGCUGUAGCGGCGUGGCUUGAAUAG